AUCACCCUUCAAAAGUUUGCCAUUCCUGCCUUCUUUCAAAUUUCCUACAUCUCAAACUUUACCUUACAAUUUAUGAUUCGUACCCUAGCAAGAAUGGCACCCAAAAACUGGACCAAGGAGCACUUCACGCUCAACACUGGCGCAAAGAUUCCCGCUGUCGGUCUCGGCACAUGGCAGUCAAAGCCUGGUGAGGUUCGCGAGGCCGUCAAGGCUGCUCUCCAGGGAGGAUACCGCCACAUUGACACCGCGCUUGCCUACGGCAACGAGAAGGAGGUCGGCGAGGGUAUCAAGGACUCUGGCGUACCCCGUGAGGAGAUCUGGGUUACCACCAAGCUUGACAACCCAUGGCACAAGCGCGUUGAAGAGGGCAUUACCAGCUCUCUGAACAGUCUUGGUCUCGACUACGUUGACCUUUACCUCAUGCACUGGCCUUCUUCCACCGACCCCGAUGAUCUUAAGAAGCACUACCCCGACUGGGACUUCAAGGACACCUGGGCGGAGAUGCAGAAGCUCCCCGAGUCUGGCCGCGUAAAGAACAUUGGUGUUUCCAACUUCGCCAUCAAGAACCUCGAGAAGCUGUUUGCCGAUUCUCGCUUCAAGACCACACCUGCCGUCAACCAGAUCGAGCUCCACCCCAACAACCCCUCCCCCAAGCUCCUCGAUUACUGCAAGGAGAAGGGCAUCCACGCCACCGCCUACUCUUGCCUCGGAUCAACCGACUCACCUCUUUACAAGAACGAGAAGCUCAAGAAGCUCGCCGACAACAAAGGCAAGUCUGUCCAGCAAGUCUUGCUCAUGUGGGGUCUGCAGCGUGGCUCCAGCGUCAUCCCCAAGUCUGUCACAGCAUCUCGCAUCCAGGGCAAUUUCCAGCUUGACGGCUGGGAGCUGACUGACGAGGAGAUGAAGGAGAUUAGCUCGCUGCCUGAGCGCUUCAAGGGAGUCAAUGGAUUGACUGCACGCGACAUCAAAUUGAUUGUUGAGGGUGGCUUCAACACCGUAGAAUCAAUUGCCUAUACGCCACGGCGAGCGCUCGAGCAAAUAAAGGGCAUCUCAGAACAAAAGGCCUCAAAACUACUUGCAGAAGCCUCCAAACUUGUACCUAUGGGCUUCACCACGGCCACCGAGAUGCACUCACGCCGCAGCGAACUCAUUUCAAUCACGACCGGCUCAAAACAACUGGACACUCUUCUGGCAGGUGGAAUUGAGACUGGCUCGAUCACAGAGAUCUUUGGCGAGUUUCGAACGGGAAAGAGUCAGAUUUGUCAUACACUCGCCGUUACCUGCCAGCUGCCGUUCGACAUGGGCGGUGGUGAGGGCAAGUGCCUAUACAUCGACACCGAGGGCACCUUCCGACCAGUACGAUGUUUGGCUGUGGCAAAUCGAUUCGGACUUUCCGGGGAAGAAGUUCUAGACAACGUUGCUUACGCGCGCGCAUACAACUCUGAUCACCAGCUGGAGCUUCUCAACCAGGCCGCCCAGAUGAUGACGGAGACACGAUUCUCAUUGCUCGUCGUCGACUCCGCCACCGCACUAUAUCGAACGGAUUUUGCGGGGCGUGGAGAGCUUUCGGCUAGGCAAACACAUUUGGCCAAGUUCAUGCGCACGCUACAACGGCUUGCGGAUGAGUUUGGUAUUGCCGUCGUAAUCACCAACCAAGUCGUUGCACAAGUGGAUGGUGGGCCAAGUGCCAUGUUCAACCCAGAUCCGAAGAAACCUAUCGGAGGAAACAUCAUUGCGCACGCAAUCGGGUCCCUUUCGCAUGCGAUCGCCAUGGUUCAAAACGGAGGCACAUGUCUCUACAAAGAGGCGCGAUUGAACAUUGAACCCGCCUAUCCUGGCUCGACAAUUGUAUUUUCGAUACCAACACACGCUCCUUUCGGGGUCCGAGGCACGGUGAAGCGCAGUCUCAUUACAGAGCACUAUGCAGACAAAGACGAGGAGGCCUUCACGAGGCGUCAUCUAGCCACAGAUGGAUCCAUGUACUUUCGGCAACACCAUGCAUACCCGCGAAGCUUCCUCUGGCGGGUGCUGGACAACAGAAAGAUGCUGGAGAUACAGUCCACCGACUUGGACCACGACUUUUCCGACAAGUUCGAGGCCAACCUCACGCUCCUCUUCCAGUUCCCCGCCGAGAUUCGACCCUUUUGCGUCGCCUUCGCUGAGCCCGCUGAUCGAGACGCAUUGAGCGUCUUCGUAAUCACGACGAACAACGAGCUCUAUACCAUGGCUCUCCACCGCGACUUCUUCUCCACUCCCGCAGCCUCGGAGCAGGAACCCGAGACGUGGUGUAAGAGGUUCGAGCCGGCCCUCUUCAGCGGGCGCAUACCCUACAGAUUGGUCGCCGAAAGCGCAGAGGAGCUACUUGUAACGCUUGACGAUGGGGCCAUCUGCCGUCUGAUUUGGGACAAGGCCAACAACACGUGGGACGGGGCCCGGUACCAGCAGAGUAACUGGUCGGUACGCGGUCUUCUGUCAUGGAAAGCGCAGCCCACAGUCCGGUUUGAAAACGCAGACUUUGCUGUAUCAGCUGCCGCUGCGGUCGCGAUAUCACCGAACAAGCAACAUAUCCUCUCAGUAUGUUUGGAUCACUCGAUAAGGGCGUGGAACAUUGAGUCGGGCAAGCCAGGUGCUCACAUUGACCUCUUGGGCGCCGACGACUUCGCACUGGAAAAGUCACAAGCUUCAUACUCGAUUGGGCCUUCGCAGUCGAUGCUCAUGACUGUUGUGGACGGUCUUGGGGGGCCGGGAGGCGCAGAGUAUCACAUCGUCACCUACUCCCCGAAGCAGCAUCAAUUCAAGUUCUGGGGCGUGCGGGACGCGGACGACCAGGACCAUGGAUUCUACGAUGCUGCGCAGGACUCGGAGCUCAUUCCGCCGAUUGACGAACUCAUGAACACGACUGUAUGGACACUAGAGGAAUUCCACGUAAUCCCAGGACCUGGGUGGAGGGGCUCGGAGAUCUGGAUACGCGCUAGGUCAGGACCGAGCAGUAAAGUCUACUCAUUGAAAUUCGACCUCACUGAUUUUGCCGACCAACGAACACAAACUUGGAAGAACGAUUGGGUGUCUGUUGAUUCAGGCCCAUUGACCGUCGAGGCACUAAAGAUCAAUCCUGCGAAUCCUAGCGAGCGAGAGUCGGAGCCUGACGAGGAGGUCUCUGAUCAAUGGAUUGACUUCCUGUUCUAUCCCGGACGGUUCACGAUUGCGACGUUGGAGACGGCGCUGCUCAUCUGCAAAAGAGGUUCAGAGCGGGUGCGGUCAAGUCGAUCGUCGAAUCGGGGCAGCUUGAAAGAGCGUCUAAGCGCCACUAUUGUCACCCUCGCAGUCGAGCACAGUCCGCAAACAGAAGAUCUCAGCAAAGCCAUAAUAGCAGAGUGGCAGGCUUACUGGAGUCUGGUAAAGGAUCUACAUAAGCGAAGGGGAGAAUCGCUAUCACUCGUUUACGACCGAGCUACCGACCGGCCGUGGCUAGUGUUGAGCGACCAUCUCUCUGCGAUUAGGAAUUGCAGCGAGUCAGAAGUCACUACACUCAACGCAGCUGCCAUCUCAAGCCAGCGCGUGCUGAGCAAACCCCUACGGCAAACCCUGGAUACUUCGGAGUCUCGCGAUGUGGCACGUUUAUUGAACGCCGCAGCUUCCUUCCGUCAACGACUGCCAUCUUUUGUCCAGCAACAAGUACAACGCCACAUGGAGAUGGACCUACUACAGAGUCGGAACAUCACAAUCUUGGAUCGCAUGGAAUGGAUCGAGGUUAACAGCGAACUCUCCCAGCAUGUGACUGACGAGGAUGUCACCGUCCUUGUCGAAGAGCUUGGUAUGGAAGUGAAGGACUUGGGCACUGAGACAUUUCUCCGAGCUAUCAAGAAACUGGACUAUGAACAUGAUGGCCGACCUCAGUCGAGAAAGCAAAUCGCAAGAUAUGGGCUGAGUGCGCUAUCUUCAGUCUCCAAGGAAACGCUUGAGAACGACCAUAAUGCCCUAUUGGACUUGCUUGUGCUGCUGUUGUUCAUGUUCAUCGAGCUGGAGGGAGAAACACAUGACGAGUGGGAUGCAUCUGAAGUCUUUGCAGAGCUUUUGCUUCGGUACAAGGAUUGUAUGGUGGUGUCCUGGUUAGCUCGCACAGUGUGGGCUCACCAGUCUAUGACGGGUCAAGCGUCAGAGCAACUGUAUCGCAUGUUAGGCGAGACGUACAAGACCCAGAAGCUACCUAUUACCCAGACAGUCCUCGAGGGCAUUUACGGACUGCGCGCCUUUGAGGUCUUGCUACCAAAGGAUACGAAGGCGGGUCUACUCACCCACUGGAGCCGGGGCUGGUUGUCUUUCAUCUUCAGGGAACACGACUUUGAGAAUGUCGUGGAGGACAUUAUGGGGUUCCUUCUAGCACAGCAAGAGUACGACCUCGCUAUGGACUUUUCCAAGUUCCUUCCAGAAGGUCAUUGGGCCUCUUAUCUCAAGGGGCGCAUGCACCUUGCACUCGGUGAGAGUGCGCUCGCGUCUUUAUGCUUCCAAAAGCCUGCAUAUACUAUGGCCCUCGGUCCAAUGUUCGAUGUCGCGGAAGAAGACACAGCAGGCCUGGUAUCAGAAGUCGAACGAAACUCGUUUUCCGAAGGCCUAGCACGCUACUACAGUCACGUCAUCGGCCUGUUCGAGAAGGCCAAGGCAUAUUCCCACGUUGCGGAUUUUGCCAAACUCGGUCUGCGAUGUUUGAUGGGCCAGGAAGAUGAGGAGCUCAAGACGGAUCUGCUCCAACGGCUUUUCACCGCUUCAAUACAGACAGCUAGGUUCCAUGAUGCGUACUCUGCGUUGAUCAGGCAUAGCGACACAGCCUUGAAAACGUCUGAUCUUCAAACUCUCAUCACAACCAUGGUCACGGCCUCGCAAACUCGCACCCUCCUCACGUUCCCCUUUGUCGGCCUCUCCGACGCCGUCGACACCAUCCUCACCUCUCUCUGCCAUAAGACACUCAACCUUGCUUCCGGACCGCCGUACCAUCAAAUCCUCUACUCGUUCCGCAUCAGCCGAAACAACUUCCGCGGCGCAGCGUCUAUCCUACACGAGCGGCUGCAACGUCUCAAAACGACAAGUAGCAAGAUCCAUGACCCGGCUGAUGAAAGCCUGGCGCAGAUUUACCUCAUGAUUAUCAAUACCUUGUCGGCGGUCAGCAAGGAGGAUGCGUAUAUAUUGGCUGAGCAGAGGUUGGAGAGUAGUGGUGCAGGAGGGGGGUUGAAUUGGGGGAUUGGACAGGGCAAGAAGUUGCUCAAGAGGCAGAUUGUCACGCUAGAUACGCUGAGAAAGGAGUAUCAGGAGGAGUUGGAUCGGAACUCAAAGUCACUGCGCCGCCUCGCCGCCGACCACGGCUCCCUGCACACCGCCGGCCUUCCUCCCAACUACCUGUUCCCUCCAGGCGCGGAUGACUCGGCAGAUCUCACCUCUCUAGACGUCCUUCUCGCAGGCCCUGUCGGAACACCUUAUUCGGGCGGUGUAUGGCGCCUGCACCUCGACAUCCCACCUACCUACCCCGCCGCCCCGCCCACGGCCCAGUUCCGAACCAGACUAUGGCAUCCGAACAUUGACGAGGCCACGGGCGCCGUGUGUGUGGAGACGCUGAAGCGGGACUGGAGUAGUAGUUUGAAGCUGAGAGACGUGCUCGUUACGAUAUCCUGUCUACUCAUCCAACCGAAUCCCGCGAGUGCGCUCAACGAAGCAGCGGGCAAACUGGCCGUCGAGGACUGGGAGGGUUACUGUAGGCGGGCAAAGCUCAUGACGGAUAUCCAUGCUGCUGUGCCGCGGGACAUGGCCGAUGAGGUCAGGCAAGCGCAAAUGAGGGGCGAAGACAAGGAGACGUCGCCCGAGGAACGUGGCGCGAAACCAGUGUCCAAGGGCAAGGAGAAGGAGCGCGUCAAGAUGACGCCUGCGGGACCAAAGUUGCAACGCCCAGCGAGUGAAGACGAAGAGAACAGGCGACGGAGAGGCGGUGCCGGCAUGCCGGGAGAGCAAAAUAGUGAUGCAGAGGAAGACUGGAUACCUGGGCCGCCCGGGGGCGACCAGACAGCAGCAAGAGGAGGUGGCAGUCAUCAUCAUGCAAGGACGAGGAGUAAAGGGAACAACGCCUUUGGCAUCAAAGGGCUUACUAGGCUUGAUACGGCUCCAAAACGCGUCUUUGGUGGUACGCAUACCCCAACGCCGACGUCGCCUGGUAUACCGAACCCCUUUCCCGACAAGGAAGAGGAGAAGCACACUACUAUUGUUGAUGACGCUGAUGGUCCUCCGUUUGUUACCGUCACGUCGAAACGUGACGCACAUGGUCUAAAGCUCAGCUCGACAACGACGACCACAACAACAACAGCAGUGGUAGUAACAGAGCAAACAGAAACCCCCGACCUGCUCAAAUUCUCCCACAAGAACCCUUUUUCGGCUAUCCAACUCAACAACCAAACUCAUCCUUUGAUCAAGGAAUUCUCGUAUAGUUGGGAAGACGCGGCUGUGUUGCACGAUGCUACUGUUGCUGCUGCUGCUGGUGGUGGCGGUGAUCAUAGUAAUACAGUGGAAAAGUCACUCGUGAGGAAGAGACUGGCGGGCGAAGAGUUUGAGAAGAAGAAGAAAUGGGAGAUGAAGAGGUUUAGGAGGGCUGGGGGGGAUUUGAAGAGGUUUAAUCGUGGGGAUUGGGGAGCGAGGGUGGGGGUGGGGAGGUUGUGA